AUGAGAGACCAAUCUGGGGCGAAGGCCAAAGUCGAAACAUUCAGAUAUGCGGCGACAAUUUUGACGGCUGUCUCAGGAGCGACAGCUGUCUACUUUGCCGGCGUUGUCGCUGUUAGCAUCAUGCGACCAUGCGAUGUUCCACUGAAUCUUUGGCUCAUUGGCGCCAUUCUUCUUAGCUUGCCGGCCACAUACACAGCCGACAAGAUGAAGCAGCUCGGAUUCCCAGCAAGCCUGUGGUUUGAAGUGUCCCUGUUAGCACUCGCUUUUAUUUGGAUGAGCGCGGGGACAGUUAUGAUAAACAUGUCUACAACUUGUGAGGUUACCGCGCCGCUACUUUGGUGGAGCACGUUUGUCACGGUCUCUCUGUUCUGGUGUGGUGCGAUUGGGGGUGUCUUCUUCCUCUUGUCUAUCGUCCUUAUACCAAUGUUCUUAGCUGGAGGGAGAACCCCACAGAUAUUGUAA